AAUCCCACCUUGUUGACGUUAAAGGACAUUACGGACUUACUGCAGCUCAAGCCGACAGGCAAAUGUUGUCAAGCCUUUGACCUCCACGGUGACCUCUUAAACUCACCUACAGAAUCCUGUUAGUUUUAAGGUUGAGGCUGUCAGUGAAGUUUCUGGCCACGCUUCCACCUCCUCCUCCCCCACCGCCGCCCUCCCCCUCCCUCCCUCCCUCCUCCUCCGUGUUGAUAUCGCAACCGCUAGAGGUUUGAAUCCAGUCCCUGGCCUCAGACGCCGCCAUGCUGAGCUGAGAGACCGACGGACCGAACUUUGCCACGCCGCUCAUCUCCGCGCGCACCGGGACGCAGAGGGAAAAGGGCGCCUUCUCCGCGAAAGUCCUUCAGUCAUUUCCAGCUGCGUGAAGAAAAGGAAAGAGAAGUUUUAAUGAAUCAAUAUUCCCUAUCCGACGCCAUGACGGACAAAGGAAACUUCACGGUGCCGAAGUUGCCGGACUCCAAUAUGGGAUUUGGAGUUCUUGGAGUUUUUCUGGGACUGCUCCUAGAGGUGUCUACUCACGGACCCCACGCUGUGCCUCGAACCUCGUGGCGACACCAAGACUUGGAUCUGAUGGAGUUUUCGGAGCCCGGGAUCUUCAACUACUCCACGCUGCUGCUGAGUGAGGAGAGGGACGCGCUGUACGUGGGUGCGAGGGAGGCCAUCUUUGAGCUCAGCAAGAAGAACGUGACCGUGAGAAACAACAAGGUUGAGUGGACUGUCGAAGAGCGACCUAUGAGGAUGUGCAUGCUCAAAGGGAAAUCAAAAGAGAGGGACUGCCUGAACUACAUUCGAGUCCUGCAAGUUCUGGACAACGAGCAGCUGUACGUCUGCGGCACCCACGCCUUUCAGCCCAAGUGCGACCACUUGAACCUCGCUGACUUCACGCUGGAGGGUCGAGCGGCGGACGGCCGCGGAAAGUGCUCCUUUGACCCGUCCCAGAGCUUCACCACCGUCAUGGUUGAUGGAGAGCUGUACUCGGGGACGGCGUAUAACUUCUUGGGCAGUGAACCGAUCAUUUCCAGAUACUCCCCGUACCAGUCGCUGCUCAGGACCGAGUACUCAACAUCGUGGCUCAACGAGCCCAGUUUCGUUUUCGCCGACGUGAUCAGAGAAGGGAGGAACCAAGCAGACGGCGAGGACGACAAAAUCUACUAUUUCUUCACCGAGGUGUCGGUGGAGUACGAGUUCUUUGGCAAGCUGCUCAUCCCCAGGGUGGCGCGCGUCUGUAAGGGCGACCUUGGUGGACAGCGCACGCUGCAGAAGAAAUGGACGUCCUUCCUGAAAGCGAAGCUGGUUUGCUCCAUGCCUGAGCUCAACUUCGUCUUCAACGUGGUGCACGACGUCUUCAUCCUGAAAGGCACCGAGUGGAAAGACACGGUCAUCUACGGCGCCUUCACCUCCCAGUGGGGGAACGUGGGCUUGUCGGCGGUGUGCGCCUACAACCUGAGCGCGGUGGAGGACGUCUUCUCCAAAGGCAAGUACAUGCAGAAGGCCACGGUGGAGCAGUCGCACACCAAGUGGGUGCGCUACAACGGCAUCACUCCGUCUCCGCGCCCUGGAGCAUGUAUUAACAACCUGAUGCGGCAGCAGAACAUCAGCAGCUCGCUCCACCUGCCGGACAAGACCCUGCAGUUUGUGAAGGACCACCCCCUGCUGGAGGAUCCCGUGCUGCCCAUCGGCAACGGGCCUCGCCUCAUCACCAAAGACGUCAACUACACUCAGAUUGUCGUGGAGAGGGUCCAAGCCCUGGAUAAGAACAUUUACGAUGUCAUCUUCACCGGAACAGAUAAAGGAGUCCUACACAAGUCUGUGGUGUUUGACGGAGAAGUUCAUAUUGUGGAGGAGAUCCAGCUGCUGAAGGAUUCUGAGCCCAUCAAGAACCUGCUCCUGUCCUCCGAGACGCAGUCCCUGUACGCCGGCUCGGACUCGGGCGUCGUGCAGGCAGCCACGGCUUUCUGCGGGAAGCAUCCGUCCUGUGGCGACUGCGUUCUGGCUCGAGACCCCUACUGCGCCUGGGACCCCCGCGCCGCAGCCUGUGUGUCUAUACGUGCAGCCUCCAGCCAGCAUCUGGGGAGACUAAUCCAGAGUCUUAAAGGUGAUGCAGACAAGUGUCCCUCAGUACCAAACCCGCCUCGAAAGGACUACCAGCGUGUGACGGUGAUACCGGGGAGCUCCGUUGAGCUGCCGUGCCUCGCGCACUCCAACCUAGCGCAGGUCACGUGGAAGUCCAACGGCUCCGUUCUCACCGAAGCCUCUCGCUUCCACUUCUUAGGCGAAAGCGGCCUCCUCAUUUACAGCGUGGCCCCCGAGGAUCAAGGCCACUACGAGUGCUGGUCAGUGGAGUGGGCCCCCGCUGCCGGCAAGAACUUCACCCGCCUCCUGGCUGGGUACGUUCUGACUCUGGAUCUGCCUCCCGUGCCCCCACAGCGGACGGGCCCCGUCGCCACCACCACCCAGGAGACCUCGAGCGCGCACGCUGCUGAAGGUAAUGGUAAGGCGCUCAGAGCUCCACUAACUUCGGCCAUUGCCCCUCCCACCUUCACUGCCACAGUCCACCUUACCUCCCCGCCCCAGACUGACUCAUCACUAACCCCGCCCCCGAGCAGCCCAAGCAGGUUCCAACCGAAGCAUCAUCUUCCCCCAAGCGCCAGUGCUCCCCAUCCCGACAGCCAGGACCCUGCGGCCGAGUAUUUGCAGCACAACAACAGCGCCGCCCUCCUCUUCCUCUUCCUCCUGUUCUUCCUGCUCUUCCUGGCUGCACUGGCCUACAACUGCUACAUGCAGUACCUGCCGGCCCCUUGUCUGCGCAUGCGAGCCUCUCUGCUGGGCAGCCACAAGAGCGCCCCCCACCCCGAGUAUCACGCCUGCGAAGGGGCGGAGACGACGACGGCGGCGGCGGCGACGGACAAAAUCAACAUGAGCGAGCAGCCGACGCGGAACGGCAGCCAGACGAGCCAGAACCACCGGGUGCUCCGCGACACCGGGUACGAGACGGAGCCGGAGUGCGGCAACGGCCGGAUCCCGUCCCACAGCUUUGAAGACUACAGCCAGUGCCAGGAGAAGCCCUUCGACGUGGACUGCGAGUCGCAGUCCAUUCAGUUCGCAGAUGCAGACGAGCCUUGCUAGCGCGAAACCACGGUUCUGCCGGUUUGAGGAAGUGACUGUUCACAGGAGGUCGUGCUCCUGCGUCUGUGGUCGGCGCCAUCUGACGUUUGUUCGUUACACGGCUUAAGUCAGGCGUCUCGAACCCCUGUCCGAUUUCGGACUUUUGAUGAUGAAGCAGAAACUCGUAGAAGCUGCACCUGCUCAGCUUAGCCCAGCAAAUGAAGCUAUUUUCUGAGUUCCAAAUUGGAAACGUUCUUUACCAAAUUGGUAAGUUCUUGUGAUGUUUUCCAAAUUGGAAUAGUUUUUGUACAGCAAGUUAAAAAAAAACCUCUUCAAGCUUUUGCAUCUCUUUUUUUUUUUCUUUCAAAGCAGUUUGUAGGUUUUUGAACGUGGGUAAGCGCUUCAGCAUUUCAGUCAUUUCUCAGGGAAGCUUUGCUCAGUGUUGCAGCCUUGCUUUGCCGCGCAGGGUUGUCGCCUGCAGCACGUGACGCGUGGGCCCUAAUCUCACCCAGUGGGGCGGCAGUGGGGGCUCCGAAGGACAGAAAAGAAGAAGUGGACAUGUGCAGACUUGCAUGAAUCAAUAAAAUGCUGGAUUUAAACAAACCACUGUUGUGCAUCUCUGUCCUCAGUGACAGCGAGUCUCUAUUUAUGUUGUAAGUUCAUCCUCUGUGUGAAGCCGACAUUCCUAUGAACUCUGAUCCUCCAGUUUGUUAACCCGUACUAGUCACCUUCCCUCUUGUGGAUGUUGAUGUCACAAAGAAGCCCUGGAUACAAUCUGAAAUUAUUCUAAUUUAAGGACGUUUUUAGAACAAUGUCUACGAUGAGUCACAUUUGGUUCUUAUCAUUUAUUACUUUUGAGCCUUCGCCUUUGUUUAGUUAAUUUUAUUUAUUGCAACUCACUUUGUUUUUGAUCCUGUUGCUCAUUUCCUUCGUCCCCCUCUUCUGUGCAUGUCCUCCCUCAUUUGGAUUUCCACCUUUCCUCAAUAUUCUCUUCUCCAUCACUCCUUCCCUCACAGCCUCCUCUCCUGUCGACACUUCCUCUUCUUCCUCCUCCUCCUCCUCCUCAGCCAAGCCCCACAGUGUGGGUGCACGGGAGGCAGAGGUGAGACUGCUGCCUCCCCUGCUAAAGGACCAGGCUUGGGGGGUUCAUGCCCACGAGGCAUUCAUGCUCUUCUGCCUCGCCCUGGGUGAGUGGUGCCUGUGACAGUGACGCUGCUCCAAUCCCAAAACCAUAAUCUUGCUUGGUUAGGGAAGCUCACAUUUUUAACCCUUACUUUUGUUCUUCUUACUCAUUCUCUCACAUUAUUUGCAUGUUGCAUGACACCACUUCCAAGCAUAAACUAACAGAGCGCAUGCGUGCGGUUUUGGAUUUGUGCAACGCAGGGCUGACCUUUUGCUUUUUACACAUGAGAACUGUUGAUCUCCAUUUUAAGCAUCGCACAAGUUACCUAUAAAACGAAUGAAUGUUGAAGAAGCCUUUUUGUGUUCUGGGUGCAUCAAAAUUCUCAAAUCUGCGUCAGUGACUCAUGUAAACUUUGAACUUGGAGUCAUUCUCAGAGCAAAGUAUAUUAAGCUCAUACGUCUCAGUACUUUUACCUGGAUCAUUUUGUGCCUGUAAAUAUGUUUGUAUAUAUGGAAAAUAUCUUGAUGUACAUAAAUUUAGAAGGUUUUGGGGCUGCGGCUCGUUGUAGAGAAGCCAAAAUAAACUGUCAAAUACUUUCA